AUGAAGUUGUCGAUUGAUUACAAGGUCGCCAAGUCUACACCGACAUUAUAUGUUGGGGAAUAUUGGAGAGCCAGCGAUGGGUGUGGUUGGCGGGUUCGGGCUGCAUUUAUACAGAGGACUCAACAGUGGCAAAUACGAAAAUUAGAAGGGCGUCAUACAUGUACUGUCACACAUAUGUCUCAAGACCACCGGAAAUUGGAUGCCAAAAGUAUUUGCAACUGCAUCAUGCCACUAGUGAAAGAUAACCCAAUCAUUCCUGUGUCGACAUUGAUUGCAGACAUACAAGCUCGAUUCCAAUACAGAGUGUCGUACAGGAAAGCGUGGUGGGCAAAACAAAUGGCCAUGCAACAAUUGUAUGGCAACUGGGAUGAGGCCUACAAUGAACUUCAGGGUUGGAUUUCAGCGAUGGUGGAGUACAUCCCAGGAACUGUCGUGGAGUUGCAAAUGUUACCUUAUAGAGGCCCGAAUGGACAAUUGGAACUAGGAAGAAGAAUACUUCUGAUUGCGGUUGCACAAGAUGGUAACAAAAAAGUACUACCGAUCGCUUUCGCCAUCGUGGAGUCAGAGAACUUCGAAUCAUGGGCAUAUUUCAUUCAAAACUUACGGAGGCAUGUUCCUAGACAAAACAACAUUUGCAUUAUCUUCGAUAGAUUGAAGGGUCUUGUUUCGGGGGGUUCCGUUUAUUGUAUUUAUCACAUCACUGUCAACUUUCACAUUAAGUACAAGAACAAAGACUAG